GAAAGUAUUCAAAAUAAUGUCCACAUGUCUUACUCACCGUUGUCGCGUUAAAUAAGUGUGUUGUCUCUAGCAUUGUCGGUCAUUUCUACGUCCACUAUGUUGAAUAAUUAUCAUGAUAUGGUUUCAAUUAGAGACUGAAAUUUAAGCUGCGACAUUAAAUGUUAAUUCAUGGUUUACAUUCUCUGAAAUCUUUCGAUUUCUUAGAAGGAGGGAUUUAAUUAACUGCUGGUUUAAGUUUCUGCUAUGGAUCAGCUGGCUUCAUAUUCUGUGGUUAUAACCCAAUCAACUGAUAAAGGGCGAAUAAAGAGGGACAAUAAAGAAAUAAGAGGAACUUUCCGUUACGAAACAAAGAAAAAGUGAAUGGGAAACGCUCCCAGAAGCCUCCUUUUACUUUUUUCAUGGAGAAGUAAUGUGAAACUUACUCUUUUUGUCUUUCUACGUCCGAAACGUCGUUGAAUCGUCUAGUCUUCGUCGAAAUGCUCACCAAAUAGCCUACUUUUCGUCUAAGCACUCACCAACCUUUUUUUUGCUUUGGCCUUGGUUACACGCUUUAUUUUCUACCUCCAACCUAACUCCGAAUGUCUCCUAUGUUCGCCUUUAUUUCCACAACAGACCAGAUGAGGACUACAAUUGACCUUAUUAAAAUAUUGUACAUGGUUAAAAAUAUUAGCAAUAAAUAACACUACAUUUCACUCCGGGAAAUAAUAACACAGAUGCUCAAGCACUGUUCGUUGUUUAUUCUCAUCGUAAGUACAAAGUCCUAGUGUCAUUUACAAAGAUCUGCGAAAGUAAUUAGAGGUAAUAAAUUAUUGUGUAAGAAUGUGUCCUAAUUGAUAAGUGUAUGUAAAAUCAAACAAACUUUCACAACAUACACUUCAUUAGUUCAAGAGUUCCACGUGCAAGUUAGGAAUCCGGUACAUGGUACCUAAAAGCUUUAUUGAACAUAAAAAGCAUUUCAAUAAUAACUUUUCUUAAACUUCAGUGUUACCAUUUUGAACUAAAAUAAUCUUCCUGUCAAUUUUGUAGUUGAAUAAACACAAAUUUACAACGAUAUCUAACUGCCAUAGUUUAUUAAACAACUAUCAAUCUAAAGUAUGACUUACGGUUACGUUCACUAAUAAGGAACACUGCAUUUUAGAACAGCAUUAAAGUUAUAACUUCAAAUUGGUACAUACAUGUCCUGGUUUUCUUCCGUGACGCUUUUGUAUUUCGUCUCUUACGUUGCGAAAGUACCCUUAAGUCACCUUGUCAUACAGUUUAGCUAGUUGUUUUUCUUUGACAGAUGUCGAUAAGAACAGCGAUUUUAGUGCAUCUAAUGAUUAGAAGGUAAAAAAUAUUCUGACUUUGUACGCUGCUAUAAAACUUGCACUUCUGAAGUACUCUUUGAUGUAGUGCCUAGUAUUGUGGAACGGCUGGCAUAUUCGAGUGUCAUGACGAAUAACAAAAUAUAACACGUAGACUUUUUCGAAUUAUUAUCCAUUAGCCGAGUCACCAUGGCCGUUUGGAAUGUAAAUGAAUAAUCCAAUGAAUUUAGUAGACUUACAGAUUUGUCCUUCAUAUCUUCUUACUAAACAAACGCAUUCAACGUUCACAGUUCCUCUUCAGAUGAAAAAGAGAACUGCAGACUUGAUAGUACGAUAUUAAGUUUCCGUAGUUCUUCACGACCAUCAAACUUAGACAUUGGUUGCACAAUGUUCGCACUCAAGUCUGAUAUAGCUGGUGAUAUAUUCUGCAGUAAAACAUGCAGUUUGCCAAAUCCUAAGCGUUUACUUCAAUCGAGCACGUGACUUUCCCGGCCGAAAACGCCCUGCCCACGCACUUCAACCUUGACGUUGUGGAGGGGAGUCUCAUCCAGCUGCGUCGAACUAGUUUAUCAACAUUUUUAAAUAUAACGCCUACUUCGGAAUUGUUCAGAAAGCCAAAUUAAAAACAAUGAUAGAAACAAAUUCGGAAACCACAAUCUCUUCGAAGGAUAUAGAUUUGCGUAUAAAUUUGACCAACCCUGCUGAUAAUGAAAAGGGAUCACUUCACGCUUACCAGAAGAGAUGUCUGUCAUCCAACAAAGAUGUCGACUACCGAACUUACUUGCCACGAGUUCAAAUGGAAUCUAUACGGAAAGAAUACUGUCUUACUGGAAAUCCAUCAUUUAUUAAAACUUCGUGUGUUACCGCAUAUGAAUGUAAUCAGCCUUUCGUAGACAGAAAAUGGUAUUCUUCACAACAUAGUGAGCAGUCCUUAAAUCUGAAAACUAAUGGUUCUGCGCGAUCUAGUCCUAACAAUUCGCUACCUGAAAGGAAGUGGCAAGAUGAACAGUCCGAUUCGUUCAAUCUACCAACAAUUAAUGUCCCCCGUUUAAAUUCUACUGCUCUUCUGCCUACCCCUUUCACAAAGCCAUUCAAGGCGUCUGAUAAUCCGUCUCAUUGUUAUCGUCAACAGAAUUCGACUUGAUGUUUGCAACAAUAGUGUAUGACAAAGACAGUAUGGAAAAGCCCAUAAAUAUAUUAUGCUUAAUAAUUCUAGAAUAAAUAACAAAUUUUUACUUUAACUCAGAGUACUCAGUUACAGCAAUCUUCCUAAUUUCAGUUGAGUACAGUUCGUUACAAUACUCUUAUAUGUACAUAUCAUUUUUGUGGAAAUAAAGUACAGGUGAUGUUUUCUAUUACUCUUUCCUCUAAAAAAUGCCCUCUGCCAAGUAUUUGUUGUUAUCAGCCAAAUUAGAAAUAGCUACAAAUAUUAUGCAUUAAUCUGAAUUCUAAUUUGGUUUACGUUCUGUUUUCUUGAAUAUUUUUUGUGUAUACUUUUGAAGUAAGAAUUAUUAUAUAUAUAUUAGCAAUUUGUCUUUUUAUGCGUUCGUUAGAAUAUAUCUUUGUUUUUUUUGUCAAGUCUGCGUUGUUAACAGUUAAUCUGGAUUGUUUUUACCUAAAUGUAAGGUAGAGGGAGAUAUGACUGCUUAAAUGAAUAUAUUACAUGCAACAUAUUGUAUUUGUUAAUAUUAUUUUCGAUUGUCUGAUCGUACGUAUGUUGAGAGCAACGUUAUUAAUUUUAAGAUGUUUUCAUCCUUACUGUAUAGGAGAAAUAAAAUAAUACAUCUUUUAUACUAAGAUGUUCAAACUAUUAAUUCAUUCUGUGAUCCAUAGUUUGAGAACAUUACAUGUAUCAGUUAUUAGGCUGUCGUCCUAUCGAACUCAUGAUCAGGAGUGAUAACUGAGACAACAUAAGAUGUAUAGGGAUUUCUUCGUGUUUGCAAAAAGUAAUCGUUUUUUUAACAACACUUUCUUGUAAAACCUGUAAAAAAAUCCCCACUCAUAUUGAGUUGUCCACACCAUUGUAGCAAUUGUUUAACGUAGUAACCUUUUGUCAAUAAAAUGGCUAUAACUGUGAAUCAUAAGGUUCUCGUGUUAUUGAACAUUGGAAGCCAUACUGUACUGAUCACAGUAGUGGGUCUGCGGACCAGUAGUAAACGCGUCCGAUUUUCAGCUACUAGGUUUCAGAGUCGAGUCCCAUUUCUGUUUGGACAACCGGAUAAUAUCACUGGUUAGAAGCUGAAUACACAAACCUGAAUCUGGAAACUUAGUUAAUUAACAAGAGGUUACUAUUAUUGUUAUUAUCCUUGCUAAUUUAUCUGUCUACUCUUACAUUUAUAGCUAGAUCUGUAAAAUAUAAGUCCUAUCUUAUUAUUGUACGAACCUGUGCAGAAGUAUCUAGGCAUCUUAAUACAACAGUAACAUUUUUCUGUAGAUUCCACAUAUUAUACAAAGACUUUUCGUUCAACUGUAGUUUAUUUGAAAAAAAGAUUUAAGAAACCCUGAACAUUUGGCAACAAUAAUAGAGACACGCUGAUCAAACCUAGUGUCUUGCAAACAAAACGUUCCUUAAUGGAAAGUAACAAUCAGAAGAGAAUAUUAACAAUACUCAUGUUAGUCCCAGGUUUUCGCCGGGCUAAAACGGUGAUGAAAACAUCAUGUUGGGGAGUCACUGUGUAUUUUCUAAUGACCAACAUUGCGUUGAAAAAUAUUUCUAGGUAUUGAAAAUCGUGACAUUUCCGUAGACAUUAUAAUAACACAGGCAUUACAUAUCCGUCCAACUUCAUAGCUUUCCAAAUUUCGAG